UAGUAGAAUCCCUGUGUGUUCACUGCCACGCCCACUUGACGCUGUAACCAUGUCGUAUUUGUCCAACUUCAACAACGAGAAUGCCAAGCAAAUACUCAUGGACAUCAUCCGGUGUGUGAAUCAGCCGGACAACUCGAAAAAGUUAUCCGAGGCCAAGGCAUCCGCUGGCAAGGAGAUGAUGCUAAUGAUGCAGCACGUCUUCCCACUGGUCAUGCAGCUGCAGCUGGAGGUAAUCAAGAGCCAUGGCUUUCCCGGCAACCGCGAGGGCCUGGUGCAGUUCUCGCAGCUCAUACGGGAAAUGGAACGCGAUGAUAUGGAAAUUGCACGCCUGCGCAGUCAGAUUCGGGCCAUCUACCUUCCGCCCAUAGCUAUAAAUACCACAAAUGAUAUACUGAUUUAAUAGAGAAUGUAUUAUACUCUGCCCCAAGACUGUACCUAGGCUUAAGUUAACUUUCCACAUAGGCGCAUUUCUUUUUAUACAUUUGUGUUUGUUUCUUGUGUAUUUUUACAAAUUUUGUUGUCUAUUGCUAAAACAAUAAGUAACAUGGCAUAUGGUUCAUAUCUAUAAACAAUUAAGGAUUUGUGCCAGUCCACGACGUAUAUAUAUAUAUAAAUUAUCGUCAGAGUCAAGUCUAGGAUAUGUCGAGAAGACAGCCCACGCUUUCGGGGCGAUAAAAUAAACAAUUUCUUCGUACCUAUA